UGGAGCCUGAGGCGAUUUUAUUUUUUUCUUUUUGUUUUGUUUUUUUUCUUCCGUCGUCCGGCGCGGCGGCGGCGGGACUUCGCCACAUGGCUGCCGGCUGAGGAGGAGUAGGAGCGGCGUAGGCCCGGCCUUUCCCACCCCCCACCCUCCCCCUUGGCGGCAUGGCCGGCGAGGAGCCGCAGAAGUUCCUGGCGCCCGACGAGCCCGGCGCCGUCCUCUCGCCGCUGCAGCUGCCGCUGCGCCACCCGCCUCGGCUGGGCGACGAAGGCCCGGCCUGCCUGGACGUCAGCGACUUCGGCUGCCACCUCUCGUCCUGCCACCGCACCGACCCGCUGCGCCGCCUGCACGCCCACAGAUGGAACUUAACUUCUUGUGGCACAAGCGUAGCCAGCUCCGAAUGCAGCGAGGAGCUCUUCUCUUCGGUCUCUGUGGGCGACCAGGAUGAUUGUUUCUCUCUCUUGGAUGACCAGGAAUUAACCUCUUUUGACCUGUUCCCCGAGGGGAGUGUCUGUAGCGAUGUCUCUUCCUCCAUUAGCACAUACUGGGACUGGUCAGACAGUGAAUUUGAAUGGCAGCUGCCCGGCAGUGACAUUGCAAGCGGGAGUGAUGUGCUGUCCGAUAUCAUUCCCAGCAUCCCAAGCUCUCCUUGCCUGCUUCCCAAAAAGAAAAACAAACACCGGAAUCUUGAUGAACUUCCCUGGAGCGCAAUGACCAACGAUGAGCAGGUGGAAUAUAUUGAAUAUCUGAGCCGGAAAGUCAGUAUGGAAAUGGGCCUUCGAGAGCAGCUUGAUAUAAUCAAAAUUAUUGAUCCGACGGCUCAGAUUUCACCCACGGACAAUGAAUUCAUUAUCGAACUGAACUGCCUCACGGAUGAAAAGCUGAAACAGGUCAGAAAUUACAUCAAGGAGCACGGCCCUCGGCAGCGGUCUGCCAGGGAGACCUGGAAGCGGAGCAGCUACAGUGGGGGCAGUGCCAGCGGUGUGAGCGGCGUCAGCGCCAGCAGCAGCAGCGCCAGCAUGGUCAGCUCGGCCAGCAGCAGCAGUUCGAGCAUCGGCAACUCGGGUUCGAAUUCUAGCGCCAACCUGAGUCGGGCUCAUAGCGAGAAUAAUUUAUCGACGAGCGCUGCGGAACGCAUCCGGGAUUCAAAAAAACGCUCCAAGCAGCGCAAACUCCAGCAAAAGGCUCUGCGCAAGAGGCAGCUGAAAGAGCAGCGGCAGGCACGGAAGGAGAGGCUGAGCGGCUUGUUCCUCAACGAAGAGGUCUUGUCGUUAAAAGUGACCGAAGAGGACCACGAAGGAGACGUGGACGUCUUGAUGUGAGACGGGGAAUGUCGCGAUCAGUGUUCUUUCUAAGCCUUAAGCUUCACUCUCUUGUUUACAUAACACUUGUACCAAAACGAGGAUUGAAUCAGGAUUAGCUAUGCUCCUCCUCCUCUUCCUUCCUUUCUUCCUCCUCCUCCUCCUCCUCCUGUUCCUCCUCCUCCCCCCCCCCCCCCCUUAACCUGUGAUUGACUAGUUUGGGUUGUUUGGCUCUUCUUUUUUUGCAAAAUUGUAGGAAACCAGGAAGAUGUUCUUUAAAAAAAAUAAAUAUGUAGGCCGGAGUAUUUUGCUGGUUUAAAAAAAGAAAAGAAAAAAGCUGCAUUUCUGUCUUUAAUUCCAUUAAAAUUAUGGAAAGAAAGCCCUUGGGUUUAAAUUGGAAAGUAUUUUCUUUUGUCUUCCCGCGAUGUGAGUCUUAACGGUUAAAGGAAUAUAGUCUGUGAAAGCAGGAAUGCGCUUUUGCCAGGACUUUUUUUCCCUUCUUUGCCACUGCAGUUUUAUCAAAGCCUAAAACUAUAUCUUAGGCUUCUUGGAAUUGCCACUGUAAUUUCAUUUAAUGUGGGGUUUCAGAGCUGUGUGACUUAACACUGUGUGACAGGGCCAUUCUGGUGAUAUACAGUAGUUGGUGGUUUUAAACCUGUGUUUUUCUCCCUGUUUUCCACUGCAAAGCAAGCAAGUAUAUUUUGGAUUAAUCUCAAAAAUCCUUUACAUGUAGAGCUUGGUAAAGCAGGCAUCUUAUGGGUGAUCUGCAGUGGGCAACCAAUAAGAAACGCUUAUUGACAAAUGCAUAUUUCUUUUUUUUCCCAGUGCAGGUAUUUCUUCCUCUGUUCCAAAUCCCCAUAGUGUCUUGUGCCUUAAAAUUAAUUUGAUUUCUUUUUUUCUUGUUGCUUAAUGUGGAAGUUUGGGGACAAAAAUGGCAAGAAGAAAGAAGAUCAAAGCACCCCAAAGUUCUUCAAAGCAUAAUUUAGCUCAUCCUGCUUUUUUUUGUCUUGAAGAACCCCAAAGCGAGCCACCGUUGUACAUAAAAGAGAAUUUUUUAUAUUGGAAAAAAACCACGUUACCAAUUCAGCUGAAGGGCUGCCUUGCCCUUUAAUUAACAUUGAUAAGCUAAUAUUGAAGAAGUGCCACGAGAUGAAGAAACUGCUUAGGCAAAUGUAUUUGAAAGAAUAUUGCAAUAUUCUGUGAUGUUGCCUCAAAGUAAUUUAAGCUUCCAUUAUUUGUGCAGAAGGACUGAGAUGUGUUUCUCUGUUCCAAAUCCCCACAGGGGGAUUAAUACUUUGAUUUUAGAUGCACAUGCUUCCAGAUUCAAGCUGUGUAUUGGCUUGCUUUCGGAUGGAAACACCUUUCUCUGUUUUAAACUCACCAUUUUGUUCUUUCAUCUGAUAUAAAAUCUAGGCAUGAUUCGACAAAACUGUAGUUUGCCUGUAGUUUACUCAUUCCAGCAUUUUGAGAUAAUCUGUAAUUAAGAAAAAAAAGAUUUAUUCCAGGUAUGCAUGAAGCAGUAAUAUUUGAUGACCAGAACAGAAUGUGAAGCUUUUCUGGUUUUUUCCUUCCCCUGUGCUUUAUAUAGGGGAACUAUUUAAAUUGUAUUUCAACAUUCUAGUUGAUCCAUAUUAGGGUAAUGUACGCAAUAUUGGAUAGAUGUCAAAUAUUUAUAGAUGUUUAAAAUUCACUAGAUUAUAAGCCAAAUUCUUUGUUUCAGUUUUUAAUUCUGGAUUGUAGUUUUGGAGCAUAGUUACAUUUAGUUAUAAUCAUUGACUCUGCUCAAGAACAGGAAAAUUAUUCUAAAGUACUGUAGCCAAAUCAUACUCUGUGAGUACUAAGGCAGAUUAAAAUAUUGUAGCCCAAUACUCAGUAUUGUAACAAACUUUGGAGAAGUGUGACCCCCCUCUACAUCUUCUAAUCCUUUAUUUCUAUAAUUACCCCAAAGUUUCCAAUUACUUUAAUCCUGCCCUCCUCAGCUAAUUUUUCACAUGUGUGUAUAUGUUAAAAUAAUGAUUAUUUACAGUGACUCACAUAUUGAUUCCUGGUUAACAUCUGCUAAGAUAGUUUUAAAAAUUCAAGAUGCUUUUGACUAAGCUGUGGUCUAAAGCCACGUGUUUUUGGUUUUUUCUUUUUCUUUUUUUUACAUAUUUAAAAGCAAUGUUAGAAUAUAGAAAGGAGCUAUUUUGUAGCCCGUUGCCUGUGUUCUAUUUAUUGUAAGCUGUUUACAAGCUGCAUAAAUAUUUAAUAAAAUAACUUAAGCAAUUGAGAGAACAAGUAAUCCACUUCUCUUGCAAAGCUUAGAAGGAGUACUGAAAACCUGAUUUUUUU